AUGUCUUUGGAUUACAGUGAAAAAAUGUAGAGUUAAUAAUAAUAAUCUUAACUCCAACAAGCUUAAAACUAACACAACUACCUCUUCGAAAACAUAGGAGCUGAGUGUAUUUCUUACCACAACGACGAAGAACCCGCUAUCAAUUACCACUAACAUUACCACUAAGCUUAAUAACAAGCUGCUUAAUAUCCCUUUGCUGCAGCUGCUGCUAUUCACUCAAAUCCUUUGAAGGAAGAAUAAAUUUAUUUCCUUCCUCACACCAAAACCACUGGAACAUCCAACGACUUCCACAACAACAAUUACCAAAGCUAUAACUACAACUACAAUUAUCAAACUAGUACUCCUAGUUAAUAAUAGUUUGCUACUCCUUUCUCUCUCGGUAUUACUGGUGCUUCUAAGGCCAGUCAAAACACCUAAGGUAAUGCUAAUACCUAAUCUUCGAAUUUUGUUUUCUCAAACAAUAACCACCACACUGCAAAUACCACCACAGUUAAUUAAACUAACAAUAAGUAAAUUUUUACUGGAUUGUAAUAAUACUCUUAAAAGGCUACUAAUAGUUCUUUUGGCCACAACCAAUAUAACUUUGACAUAGCCAAUUAAGAAAACAUUUUCCUUCCCAACACUCAUUCAACUUAAUACCAAACUGCUACAACUAUCGUUGCUGCAGCUUGCAAUCCCUCUACCGCAUGCUCUACUUAAAAGACCAUCAACCAAGGCUAAUUCUACAAGAAUAUGCAUGAAAAUAUUCCUAGUAUUCAAACACUCAACGACAUAGAUACUGUCUUUUCCAGCACCCAUGAUCUCCAAUCAAUGACCAACUGCACUUGCCCUCCCCAGUCUAAUAACAACAAUUAACAAAAUGCUUAAUAAUUCUUGCAACUUAACCAACUUGUUCACUCAACUUCAGCUCCUGCUAACUACUUCUAUAACGAAAAUAACAAUAACAAGCAUUAGGCUGAAGGUUUGAUUUUGGAUGAUAUCCAAAUCAGUGGUAUGGAAAGAAAAGACAGUUUGGAAGCUAAGAAUGAAGAAUCUAUUUCUUCUCAACAUUCAUUAUGUGAAAAAUACUCUAAGUCUUCAAAGAAUACUAGCCCCAUCUUGAAUGCCUACAAUGCUCCCAUUAGAAAGAGCUCUGAGAGCGACAGCGAUGCCACAAAGAGCAGCUCAACCCUUGCUUCGAAUAAACAAUAAUCAUAAUUGAAAAACGCUAACAAAUUCUGCAUGGUUUCACUCUUAAACUUCUUGACUGACAUUCUUCCUAACUCAAAGGAAUUCCACCACCUCAUUAAAUACAUCAUCCGUGUUAAGGGAUCUGGUAAAAUGAGACAAAAAGUCGACAUCUUUACUCUUGCUCACUUCCGUGUUUUGUUCCUCACUCUCAAUGAUUGGAACAUAACCCAAUUAAACAGCAAUGACAUUAAGAUGCACAAGAUGAUUUUCUCUGAAGUCAAUAAGAAUGGAAACUGGACCAAAGAAGACCUUGAUUUCAUGAACUCCAUUAAGCAAUAAUUGCUUUACAUUUCAAUUUAAUUUUUCGAAGACUCAGCCAAUAUUAAAUAAAAGAUUCAAUCUAAGAGCUGGUAGAACGAAGACACCGCCAAGCACUAUAUUGAAUGGGUUAACCGUAUCGCUAAGGGAAUUAAGAAAAUGUCCUCUGGUGUUUAUAUUCACCGUUUCUGA